ACUAGGCAAAUGUGCGCUUGGACUGCACAUGGGCUGGUUCUUUUUUCUUUUCUUUUAACCAUUUUUUUGUGUUAAAAACGUUAAAUAAUACGUACAUUGAAUUUAGCCUGCAACUGCAUGAAAUACGUGUUUGCGUUUUAACUGUACGCGAAGAGUGCAUAAAUUGUGAAUGUUUUUGAAAAAGUUCCCAGAGACCAGGCCAAAAAACAGCUGCAUCAAUACUGCGAAGUUUGUGUGAAAUCCCAGCAAAUGAAAUUGCAAAAUUAUUAAAACCAGGCGUUAAUUUGUCCCUCCCCUGAAUAUGGAUGAGAGACUGAAACAUGGUAUAAUGGGGCCACCAACGCAAACUAAUCCAACUUUGAACCAAAAUCAAAUUAAUGCGGUUAACAACAACACCAACAAGAAUUCGUCGCAGUCGUCGAAACGUAUUAUAAAUAAAAUUCCUUUGGAUUUUAAUAAAUUAAAACAGGCUGGCUUAGAUCGUAAGCUGGCUGAAGCCUUAAGCAAACGAAAUAAAAAUGACAAAAAUCCACAGCAACAAUUGCAACCCAACGAAACUUUAAUGUCGCCUGCUUCCUCUACCUCUUCCUCAUCCUCAUCUUCUGCUGCUGCUGCAGUCAUAUCCGGUGAAGCUGCAGCAGCAGCAGCAUCAUCAUUUCACUCACAGCAGCAACAACAAUAUCAAGGGACAAACCAAAUGUCACAGCGCCAGCCUGCGCCACAACCGAUUAAAAAACGUUCAUUUAUAUCGAAUUAUAUUGAGAAAAUUGUACCAGAGACAACGACGACGACUUCAGCGAGCGAACGUUCAUUACAUGUUACGGCAAUGCUUAAAAAUAGAAUAUUAAAUAAUAACAAAUCAUUAAUGGAGCAGCAGCUAACGCAGCAGGCAGCAAACGGUGAAGAUGUUGGUGGGACCACAUAUAGAUAUCAGAUACCCACAAACUUGAAUACAACGCCGACGGUUGAUUUUACAGUGCCCAUUGCCAAAGCGGAUUUGACAGUGCGUCCAAAGAAACCAUCAGUUGUCCUUAAUUUGAUCAAUCAAUUGCCCAAACAACGGGCAAAAUGCUUUCAAUUGCCUAUAACCAACAAUCAACAUCAACAGCAACAAUCAAUCGUGGCCUUAUCCUCAUCUUCAUCCUCAUCCUCGUCAACUGUAAAGAGUCCUUCUCCGCCAUUAAUUGUUCUAGAGAAUAAAGUGCUGGCCCCCAAUGAGAAGAUCAAUUUGAGUGAUUUGCGUUUGCCUACAACAUCUAUGACAGUUGCUGCUCCGCAUACAUCCAAUUCCACUCAAGAGAAUAUUACUGAAAUGACCAAAGUAGCUAAUCUUAAGACAUUAUCAUCAUCAUCAUCAUCGUCAUCAACGUCACCUGGUGCUGGUGGUGGCAUUAAAAAGAAAUGGGUUUUUAAUGCCAAUAAGCUGAAAGUGUCACGAGAGAAACGUGCUGAAAUAGCAAAAGAGGUGCUCGAACAAGUGAAACAAGUGGAGCAAAAGCCAAAGACAUCUUCUGGAGAGUCCAGUUUUCAAACGUAUCCAAAUGCAUCUCCUUUGCAAUCGCCUUUGAUUUCACCAGUAAUGUUAGUAUCACCGCCACCACAGAAAACUUUCUUUCCCUCUCCCGUUGCUGCUCCAGCAGCUCAACUUUCUCCUGAGGAGCCAUCUUGCACAUCACCCGCAGAUUCAUUAAUCACACCAAUAUCUGUUUGUGAUCCAUCGUCACCAGAAAUGACACCAGAAGCAAAGCCAAAGAUCCUUUCUGCUGUUGAUUACAUUGCCCAGUUAACCGCCAAUGAUCCCAAUUAUGAAAAUAGCUUUAUGGAAUUGUCACCCGAAGAGUUAGAGAUGAGUCUCCACUUUGGUUAUACAGCUCCUGUACGUAAAUCAGCAGUCCAACUUGAAUUGCAACCACAAUGUGAACCUGAUCCUGAACCAGAACCCAAAGCCGUCUCUGUAGCCGUACCUCUAAGUGAACCAACUGAACCUGAACCUGAGCCUCCUAAGGAAGAUCUGGCAAUUGGUAAUAUAGUAAAAAUUCAGGAUAUUGAUAUAUUACAUGCCACCAUGGAUGUGAUGGAUGGUGAUACAGCCAAUGUCCUACGCAUUAGUCCCAAUGCAAUUAAAUUGCAGAGUAUGCUGACUUCUGAGGGGAGCAAUAUGAUUGAGCCAAAAGAUGUGGAAGCCAGUAAUACAAUUCGAGUGACAAAAAUCAAUCAAAAUUCGGAGAAAGAUUUAAGAACACAACUAAAAAUGAGUGAAACGUCAAAAACUAUUAAAAUGAGGAAGGCAAAAAUUAAUCUAGUAACACGAAAUAAGAAACCACCAAUUAGGCAGACUCAAGAAACACACAAUGGUCAAGAGCUGGGGGAGAAGGAGAAGGAGCAGGAGCUAUCCCAAGUGAUUGAUAUUCCAAAAGGUGAAGGUCAAGAGCCGAUUAUCGAGACAAAGGAUUCUAUAAUAGCCAACAUUGAGCAUAAUGUUAUCCAAAGUCCUUCGGAAGAAAUUCAACCAAAAUCUGCAAGUGAACGUGAUCUAACCCAGCUAUAUCAUCCACCUAAGAUGCCCAAGCUUAAGCACAAUAAUAAUAAUAAUAAUAAUAACAACAAUAAUAUUAUUAUUGAAGAACCACCUCAAGCUACCAAUAAUGUGUCGCUAAUAGAUAUAAUAAACCAAGAGCCGUCUCCAUUGCAGGGUGAAGCUCAGGUGCCAUUUCGCAAAGAGAUGGAAACCGAACCACAGCCUAAACAUGAAACUCAAAAUGAACCUGAACCUAUAACUGAAACUGACACCUCCUCCAGGCCGACAGAGCCAUUGGGUAUACAAAAUUUAUUAAAUCAUUUGAAAGCUGAAAAUAUUACGCCUCCGGCAGAAAGUAAACCGAUCACCAGCAGCAGCAAUACCAUCUCAUCUCCACCAUCCAAGGUCGUGCCCAGAAAGAAACUAGUAAAAACCCGACCCUUUCUAGCCAAACGUACAUCAAAAUCGAAUGGCAAUGAGGAGACGUCGGCUCCAAUUUUUCCCCGUAACGGAUCACUUUUGGGUGAGAUUCAAACAAAUGGCGCUCUAAGUCGUCUGACCUCUUCGAGUACAAGCGAAGAUGAUGGAAUGUUUUUGGCUAUCCUAUCUAAGGGUAAGAGAGUGAAGCAUUUAAAGUCAGUCCACGAGACUGACAUCAGCGAUGAUGCAACACCAGAUUAUGAUGAGACCGAGGGCGAGACCGAGUCACAAAUGCCGAAUGAGAAACCAAAGACUGCUGCCAAUCUGUGUGAGGAGAACAAAAUAGAUGUUUCCAUGGAAAUAGAGGAUGACAACAGCUUAGACCAAUCCAAUCACAGUUGGAGCGAACAAAUUGAAGAGCCAAGUCCUCAUUCUUUUCCUUCAGAGUCCGAUGAAAAUGUAAACGUGACUGCUGCAUCUGUGAUUGAUCCUCCCAAAGAAACGAAAGAAGUUUCUGCAGUAGAAGAUGCCGAGCCGGAACUUCUCAACGAUUCAGCAACAAUUGAAGAACCUGUGAUUAUAAAUCAGAAGUUGGAUCAAUCGAUGGAAAUUGAUUUAUCUCCAAUUCCAGGGGCAGCAGCAGCAGCAGAUGUAAAGCCAAAAAAGUCCAAAAAGAAAUCCCCUAAAAGUAAGAACAAUAUGUCAGAUGAUUUGCAACAAUCGCCAGUGCUGGAAAAAGUCAAUAAUGAUUUAAUAGAUACUGCAAAAGACCAGGCCCUAGACGAGGAGAGAAAAGCGACUCCCAAGAAUUGCCUAACUAAUGAAACUUCUGAUAAACUGAUAGAUGACUUAAGGCCAAAAGAAGAAAUCCUUUCCCCAUUAAAAACAAAAAGCAAUUCUCCAGUUCCAGAAGAAUUUGUCAAAGUAUUGGAAACAGAACAAAGCGCUCCUUUGGACGAAUCUUCUACUAAUUGCCCAGAAGAAUAUGAAUCUCUAAAUGCUUCCUUAUCACUAGUUGGACCCGAAGUUGAUGGUCAGUUGUCUGGUAAACAAAAUGAUGAAGAAUUGUCGGAUAAGCCUAGUAGCAAAUCGGUCACAACUGAAGGUCAGGAGGCUGCUGUAGAACAACCUGCUUUGCUUUUGAUCACACCCAAACGACGUGGUCGUAAGCCAAAAGCGGCAAAGACGCCUCAAGUCCCCGAGCAAGCACCAGAGCCAACUGCAGUGGAAAAGGAGGAGCAGACAAAUCCACCUCCUCUAAUCACACCUAAACGUCGUGGACGCAAACCUCGUAGCCUACUAAUCGCCGAGGCAGCUCAGGCUGCUCAGGUUGCUGCAGCUACUGCGGAAGUUGAAAAGGUUGAGCCUAAUCCUCCAGUUAUAACACCCAAACGUCGAGGUCGUAAGCCACGUAACCCAGCUCCAGAAGUAGAAGCAGAAGUUGUGGCAAAGGCGGAAGAGGAGAAGAAGGAGCCUAAACCAUCAAGCGUGCCACCCUUGAUUACACCAAAACGUCGCGGGCGUAAACCACGUAACCCAGUUGAAACAGUGACCACAGAGCCGCAAAGUGAUAAGGAGACGGUGCCGCACCCGGAGCCUGAGCCAGAGCCAGCCAAACAGAAUGAAGUUGUUAUUGGAGGAGAAGAAGAACCACAUACAUUUGCCACACCUCUGGAGAAACCAGCACCCAAACGACGUGGUCGUAAGCCACGUAAUCGUGAGGAACCUCCGGCAAAGAAAACAAAACUUGACGACCAAACCGAUGAAAGUUUUGAUGAAGCCAUUUUCGCACGCAACCCCAUUGAUCUGGGACCACAGAAUGUAUUCAAUUUACGCUUACUCCUCAUACGUAAUCGUGAGCAAUUGGAUAGCGAAGAAGAGUUACGUGAAGAGGGCAGAGGAUCGGGGCCAUUGCAAUGUGGAUUGUGUCUGGUACGGACCAGCAAAGAGGGCUGGCUAGACCAUUUGGAUGAGCAUUAUGGCAUAGGUUGGACCACAGAUGAAAUGCCGUCAUCGGUUAGCCGCAGUGUCAUUAUCACUUUGAUGAGCCUCUAUCUCAAGGAUAACAAAGCCAAAGGCUGCACUUGCCGCCUCUGUGGACGUAAGCUAUCCUCAGCCCUGGGCAUGGUGGGUCACUUGGAGAACUGUGGCACUGCGCCCCAACGCUUUGAAUGUGAAUACUGCAAACGUAUGUAUUCGAAACUCUCUCUCAUUCAGCAUCAGCGCAGUUGUCCGAGUCGCCUAAUGACCCAGAAGGACUCGUCUGGCCCUGGAGCUGAAGACGAUGCCGAGCAAGGUGAGGACAAGGAUGAGGAACCCGUAUACAGCAAUUCAGGACGUGCCAAACGUAGAUCUACCAUCAAAGCCGAAACAAAACUAAAGAAGAUACGCGUUCAAAUGCAAACAGGCGAUGAGUCACAAAAUCCCAAUGAUUUUGAAGGCGACUCCUCCGACUAUGAUAUGAACAAGGAUAAGGAGUCAUCGGAUGAAUAUGAAUCGGAUGGCGUUAACUCUUCCCUAGCCGAUGAUGAGGAUGCAACCAAUAAAACUCCCAAGGCCAUACGACGUCGAGUCCGUCGAAGCAGAGCAACACCAUCAUCACGUUUAAAAGCAAAUAUGUUUUCUCGUUAUCGCAUCUUGGGCGAUGUCGUCACUAAAAAAUGGAAGCAAUUCACAAAAUUUAAUUAUGCCAAAAAAUCAUUGUAUGCAGACUGCUUGCCAAGCUAUGUGAAACUAUCAUGGACAGAGGCCUAUGAACUGCUCAACUCCUCCAGACAAACGAAAUCUAUGCGUUUUGCCUACGAUAAGGUCAGAGAUGAAUGCGAUUGGCGGGAACUGAAACCAUUGGAGGCAAUUAAUACAAAGAAUGAAUACAUCACCUAUUUGGGUGCACCUAUAAGGCAACUGGAAUGGGCUCCAUUACCAAAGACAGUUAGUGACCAAUAUCUUAUGUGUUCGCUGCGUCGCAAGAUGCAUGGAUAUACGCGUAAUAUCGAUGCCAAAGAGCAUAAUGCCUUAAUGAUGCUACUCAAAUGCACAUUGGAUACGAAUCGUGCUGGCUCAGCAAAAAAUUGGCCCCUACAGACGAAACUACAUUAUGGCAUACGUGUGCCCAAGGGGCCAGUUUUUAGCUUUGCUUUUAUGCCCAGCGGCGGCUAUAUGGAAUCAGCCAAUCGUUUGGGUCUUUUAGCUGUUGCCACGGCUUCGUCUAAUGUGGAAAUCUAUGCCUUGCCCUUGCAACUAACAUCCGAUGAGGUGAAACCCAAGUGCGGAGCAGAUUCAGUUAUCGAACUAAAUUCCUUGAUGACUCUCUGCUUGGAUAUGAAUGCUUCUGUGCAGGAUCAAUGCACUAAAGUCUGUUGGUCGGAAGGUUCUGGCCAUGGUCUGUUAGUUGCUGGCUAUGCCAGUGGUAAUGUUGCCUUAUGGGAUAUUUCGGAUACAGAAGGACUUAAUUGCUUUAAAAGCAAUAAUCAUUGCACUUUUGUGCCUAUGCAUUAUUUCUUCCUUGGCGAACUAAAUAUACAAAUUUUGAAUCUUCACUAUGAUAUGAGUGGGCCACGUUGGCUGGCAGUGGGCACUUCAACGCGCAAACUGCGAGUCUAUGACAUUCUCAAUUGCUCGCAACCAGUGCCACUUGUUGGCGAUGGAGCUGUGAAUAAUUUCUUCAGGGGAUGCAUCACAUGGCCACCAAUUUGGGAGAAUAUUGCCAUCGGCUGCAGUAGUAUCUUUCAAAAAAGCUUUACCAGGUUAUUGUUAUUGAAUCCUUGUGGAUUGCUCUAUAAUACCAAAUCGCUUGAUUAUGUCCUAUAUACGGCACGUGACAUACACUUUAAUUGUGCGGAAAAUUAUGUAACUGUCGUCACAGAAAAUGGUGACUUGGUGUUUGUAAAUCCACGGGAAAUGAACAUGGAUCCAGUGAUACAUAAGGUAACCUACAAUUGUCGAGCUGUUUCAUGUACUGAGGUAUCUAAGCUAAGCCCUGAGGAAUCAUCAUCGAAAACGCAAGCAGCACUCAAACCUGAUGAUUUUCAACGUGAUUAUGGUGUGAUUAUAAAGCCAUUGUUACCAAUGCCCAAAGAGAAUAAGGAUGACUACUUGAUGGAAUCGCGACGUCAAAAUAAUGAGCUAAUGACAAUGAUACGUCUAAAUGCAGUGCGCUGCAAUUCGAAUAAGUUAGCUAAUAACUGGGUGGCUGUGGGUGCGGAACAUGGCAUGUUGCGUAUUCUUAAUUUUCAGCGAAAUGAUUUCUUUUAAAAUCGAACUAUAUUUUUAAUUUUGAGAUUAUAACUUAUUGCUUACCAAUAACGAAUUUGCUUUCAAAAUAGAUGUAACAAUUUAUAAUAA